GCUGGUGAAAAACGAGGAACGAAAGUGAACACCUUGUUUUGCUUUGUGAAAACCUGUAAAAUCUCUAAGAAAUGAGUGAUGCUGAAAUGGAUGAUCCCUUGGACGAGGUCUGGAACGAGAUGAAGGUUCACUUCCUUUUGGAGAUGCCCAAGGUUCACUCCACCCCCACAUCAUGGCCGAGGAUGUCCGCUCCAGCAAUUGCAGUACUACGAGAGCAUCCCAAAUCAAUCUCAGUUGCCUUCGAGUACCUUCAACACCAAUUGGAGCACACUUUGAAUGAAGAGGUCGUGCCUGAGUUUUGGAAGAUCAUCAAGGGGACACCGUCCCUAGCUAACCAGAUUCUCCAGCACUUGGAAACACUCCCUAGCCAUCCAUUUGUGAGUGCUGUCAGCUUUUUACAUCGACACUGGAAACGGCAAAUGGAGAUCGCCACCAAGAUGGACGCCCUAGGGCAAGAUUUAGGUCACCAAUGUCAUGUAUUGGGACAAAAGUCCUAUGAGGAGCUUUAUCCUGUUUUGUUGAGAGGGACUCUUCAUUCUCAACUUCCCCAUGAGUUUGAAAAGGUUCUGCUUCCAUUUUAUGAUGCGACUUUUCAUGUGUUUUAUGUUCGACAGAACUCGAGAUUUAAUGCGGAUCCGGACGAUUCCGUAGCUGACGGAACAUUAAAUGGUUGUGAAGGGUGCAAGAAGGACGUGGACCAAUGCCAAUGUGAUAAAGUGCUGUCUAUAUUCAAUGAGCUCAAUCAACAGUUGAUCCAGAUGGGGUUAUUAGAGCGUCUCACUUUUAACGCCUUGACACAGACCAUCCACAAUCGAAUAGAAAAGCAUGUCCAAGAAACCUGUCAAGGAAGCUUUACGAUCUCACAUCUCCAAAAAUUGGAGGAUUGGUUGGAUCAAGUUGUGAUGAGUUGGCUUCGUCUGCUUUACGUCCAAUUUGAUCCCCUUCAAGAGCUGGCCCUACGUUCCUUUCGGGGCAGAUUGGUCAAUCAUCUAUACGAAGUCUACACCAAAACCCGCAUUGACCAGCUCUUCAACAUUAUCAUCGAAUUUCCAGAUUCUCAACCUGCUCUGGAAGAUCUGAAGGAUUGUUUAGGAAGGACAGGACUGCGCCCAACUUUGACUGAAAAUCUUACCAGGGUCUUAUCCAAGAAGCUUCUUCAUUUGGGAGUCAAUACCACCGAUAUCCUCACCGCAUAUAUUGCCGCCAUUCGUGCUCUCAGAGUUUUGGAUCCAAGUGGAGUGGUUUUAGAAGUGGUUUGCGCUCCUGUGAGAACAUACCUUCGAACAAGAGAAGACACUGUCCGAUGCAUUGUUCAAAGUCUCAUCGAUGACAGUAGUAGUGAAUUAGCGGAUGAACUCAAGAAAAACGAAGGACUUUCUCUCGACGACUCGUUCUAUGAGGAGCAAGACAUGGACAAUUGGGAAUCCUGGGUCCCCGAUCCCAUCGACGCUCCCUCGAUAAGCAAAGGACGACGGACAUCCGAUAUCAUCUCCAUGUUGGUCAAUAUCUAUGGCUCCAAGGAGCUCUUUGUCAAUGAAUAUCGGUCACUUUUAUCCAAUCGUCUCUUGUCCCACUUCACAUACGAUACCGAGAAAGAGAUUCGCAAUCUCGAGCUUCUGAAGCUGCGAUUUGGAGAUGCUCCAUUACAUCAAUGCGAAGUGAUGUUAAAGGACAUUGGUGAUUCCAAGCGCAUCAACACUUCUCUUCAUAGUGCAGAUGCUGGCUCAGCAGAGCUAAAUCGUCAAGCAUUCCCUGUGAAUGCGGUGAUUCUUUCAGCUCAGUUUUGGCCCCAAUUCAAACAAGAGAACCUCCAACUACCUCAAAGUGUGGCUCAGAGUUUGGACGUGUAUACCAAAGCUUUCGAGACUGUCAAGGGCAACCGAACUCUGGUUUGGAAGCCUCACUUGGGGUUUGCCAACAUCGAUCUAGAACUUGGGGAUAAGAAAAUAAAUUUGACCGUGUCGCCCGUUCAUGCUGCCAUCAUCUAUCAAUUUCAAGUCAAGGCCGAGUGGACAAGUGAGGAACUAGCCCAGACUCUCAAGAUCCCAUUGGCAACCCUCAGACGAAGAAUUGUGUUUUGGCAGACCCAAGGUCUGGUCAGGGAGAUCUCUGCGGAUAGAUUUGCUCUAAUCGAAGAUGGUAAAAUGAUGAGACGGCCCUCAGGAAUAGGCGGAACCUCGUCCAAUUCAGCAGCUUCCACUAUGGAUGAAGAGGAUGAGCGUGACUCUAUCACACGCAAUUCGCGAGAUCAGCUCAAUGAGGAACUGAAUGUGUUCUGGUCGUACAUCGUGAAUAUGUUAAUUAAUUUGGAAGCCCUAACACUGGAGAGGAUUUACCAAAUGCUGAAAAUGUUCGCCAUGCAAGCUCCCUCAGCAGUCGAAUGCGACAUCAAUGAGGUUAGAGCCUUCCUGGAUAAGAAAGUUAGGGAUCAUGAACUUGUCUUCACUGGAGGAAUGUAUAAACUUCCUAAAACGUAGUUUUAAUUGUUUACCCACAAUAAAACGAUAUUCGCGAAUGGCA